AGUGAACAUCUCCAAGGAGAAACCUAAACUUUCAAAAUGUGUGACGAGGACAUAGCUGCUUUGGUUAUCGACAAUGGCUCCGGUAUGUGCAAGGCUGGGUUCGCCGGAGAUGAUGCCCCACGAGCUGUCUUCCCAUCCAUUGUCGGACGUCCAAGACAUCAGGGUGUCAUGGUUGGUAUGGGCAAUAAGGACAGCUACGUCGGAGAUGAGGCCCAGAGCAAGAGAGGUAUCCUCACCCUGAAGUACCCCAUCGAGCACGGUAUCGUCACAAACUGGGACGAUAUGGAGAAGAUCUGGCAUCACACCUUCUACAAUGAACUCCGUGUUGCCCCAGAGGAGCACCCAGUCCUGUUGACUGAGGCCCCAUUGAACCCCAAGGCCAACAGGGAGAAGAUGACGCAGAUCAUGUUCGAGACCUUCAACAGCCCAGCCAUGUACGUCGGUAUCCAGGCUGUGCUCUCUCUGUACGCUUCCGGUCGUACCACCGGUAUCGUCCUCGAUUCUGGCGAUGGCGUCACCCAUACUGUUCCAAUCUACGAAGGUUACGCCCUUCCCCACGCAAUCCUUCGUCUCGACUUGGCUGGUCGUGACCUUACCGACUACCUCAUGAAGAUCCUCACCGAGCGCGGUUACUCAUUCACCACAACCGCCGAGAGGGAAAUUGUCCGCGACAUCAAGGAGAAACUCGCGUACGUCGCCCUUGACUUCGAACAGGAGAUGGCCACCGCUGCUUCAUCGAGCUCCCUGGAGAAGAGCUACGAACUUCCCGACGGACAGGUCAUCACCAUUGGAAAUGAGCGAUUCAGGUGCCCAGAAACCCUCUUCCAGCCCGCCUUCAUUGGAAACGAGUCAGUCGGAAUCCAUGAGACGACAUACAACAGCAUCAUGAAGUGCGAUGUUGAUAUCAGGAAGGACUUGUACGCUAACACCGUAUUGUCUGGUGGUACCACCAUGUACCCAGGUAUUGCCGACCGUAUGCAGAAAGAGAUUGUCGCCUUGGCCCCACCUACGAUGAAGAUCAAGAUCAUUGCUCCACCAGAGAGGAAAUACUCCGUAUGGAUCGGUGGCUCCAUCCUUGCCUCUCUCUCCACCUUCCAACAGAUGUGGAUCAGCAAGCAGGAAUAUGAUGAAUCCGGCCCAUCCAUCGUCCACAGAAAAUGUUUCUAAGUGCACUGAACUUUCAUUCUUACAGCCUUUCCGUCACCUCUGAAUGACAUAUCGAAAUCCAUUUUCUCGGACUUCGCAAGACUUGGCAAAACUCGAUUUUGACACACAGUUGUGGGUUGGCGUCUAAAAGGCGGCCACGAGUUAAUAUUUCAUGUGCCUCACUUUACGUUACCGGAUUCCUUAAACUGAGCUUUGACCGUGAUGAACGCGAAUGCCAGAAAAAGGGUUCCUCUAUUGCACCUGCACAUUUCACAUUUGCACUGCAUUCCUUUAACGCACAUCCACCCCUCAACCAAUUCGCACACGCUUAAAUCACUGUUCACCUUUAUUUCACUUCAUAAUGGCAAUAAUUUGAUCUAGUUGCCAAUGUUACUGUUAUGUUUGAAGGC